CGGACGAUGGCCUGUUGUUUAUCGGCCCCAAACAAAGGGCCCUGCCACCCUCCGCACCUUGGGGCCUGCCAGAUGCCAUGGAGCUGGGCCUGUCUCCACCGCAUCACAGCAGCUCCCCAGAAGACCUGUACCCAGCCCCGGGGACCCCGCCGGGGACUCCCCCGCCGCCCGAUGCCCCCCUUCCUGGGGAGGUGAAGAGGUCCCAGCCUUUGUCCAUCCCGACCAGCAGGAAACUUCGAGAGGAGGAGCUGCGGACAACCUCUCUGCCCUCCAUCCCCAACCCCUUCCCUGAGCUGUGCAGUCCUCCUUCACAAACCCCCAUUACUGGGGGACUCUCCAGUCCAAGGGGGCUGCUCCCCCGAGACACCAGCUGCCCCCAUGUGGUGAAAGUGUAUAGCGAAGACGGGGCCUGCCGGUCCGUGGAGGUGGCGGCAGGUGCCACCGCCCGCUACGUGUGUGAAAUGCUGGUGCAGCGAGCUCACGCCCUCAGUGAUGAGAACUGGGGGCUGGUGGAGUGCCACCCCCAUCUAGCACUGGAGCGGGUGUUGGAGGACCACGAGUCAGUAGUGGAAGUACAAGCCGCAUGGCCAAUCGGCGCAGACAGCCGCUUUGUCUUCCGGAAGAACUUCGCCAAGUACGAACUGUUCAAGAGCUCCCCACACUCCCUGUUCCCGGAGAAGAUGGUCUCCAGCUGCCUGGAUGCACCGACGGGCCUAUCGCACGAAGACCUCAUCCAGAACUUCCUGAAUGCGGGCAGCUUCCCGGAGAUCCAGGGCUUCCUGCAGCUGCGGGGCUCAGGACGGAAGCUUUGGAAGCGCUUCUUCUGCUUCCUGCGCCGCUCUGGCCUCUAUUACUCCACCAAGGGCACCUCCAAGGAUCCGCGGCACCUGCAGUACUUAGCAGAUGUAAACGAGUCCAAUGCGUAUGUGGUGACUCAGGGCCGCAAGCUGUACGGGAUGCCCACGGACUUCGGCUUCUGUAUCAAGCCCAACAAGCUUCGCAAUGGCCACAAGGGGCUGUGCAUCUUCUGCAGUGAGGACGAGCAGAGCCGCACCUGCUGGUUAUCUGCCUUCCGCCUCUUCAAGUAUGGGGUGCAGCUGUAUAAGAAUUACCAGCAGGCACAGUCUCGCUACCUGCGCCCGUCCUGUGUGGGGUCCCCACCCCUGAGGAGUGUCUCGGACAACACCCUGGUGGCGAUGGACUUCUCUGGCCACACGGGGCGCAUCAUCGAGAACCCCCAGGAGGCUCUGAGUGUCGCCCUGGAGGAAGCCCACGCCUGGCGGAAGAAGACGAACCACCGUUUCAGCCUGCCCACCCCAUGUUCCAGCACCAGCCUCAGUGCAGCCAUCCACCGAACCCAACCCUGGUUCCAUGGACGGAUUUCCCGCGAGGACAGCCAGCGGCUCAUCUCCCAGCAAGGCCUGGUUGACGGACUGUUCCUGGUGCGGGACAGCCAGCGGAACCCGCAGGGCUUUGUCCUGUCGCUGUGCCAUCUGCAGAAAAUCAAGCAUUAUCUUAUCCUGCCGAGGGAGGAGGAUGCAGCCGCUGCUGCUUUGAGGAGGGAGCGGGAUGGAGACAGCCACCCACUGUUCUCUCCAAGGCUGAGCGUCCGCUACCGAGAGGGCAUGUUGGGUGUGUUUGAUGUUACAAUACAGACGGGCUGCAGGGCCAGUGCCCUCUCCCUGCCCUGGGUGGUGAGACUGGACAACCUGCUGCAGAGCCUCCCAACAGUCCGGUGGCGCUGA